GCUGGAACAGUCCGCGUUAUGGCUGAGAGAAACGCUUGAAUUCCACACAGCACCGAAAACGCUUAGCAGGAAUAGACACCAAACACGCCAUUUGUUUUUGUCAGAGCUUCGAUAGUCAAGUCGUGUCAUCGGUCAUCACUUUUUCUUUCUUUUUUCUAGGCAUGGCCCAUGUCCAGGCCCUGACUCACCCCACUAGCCCUGGGAGAUGUAUCCUGCUGAUCCUGAGACAGAAAAGUCUUUGACAGAAGAGACUCUGAGCCAAAAGGAAGAGGCUUCGUUAUUUUAUCAUCAGUGAGACACGCUCUAGCCUGCAUACUAACAUUGAGCCGGAAAACAUGAGUGAGCGCUUCGAUUGCGACAACUGCAAAGAAUCGCUGUAUGGAAGGAAGUACAUCCAGGCGGAGGAGAAUCCAUACUGCAUCCCCUGCUACGACAGCCUUUUUGCCAACACCUGCGACGAGUGCAAGGAACUGAUAGGCCAUGAUGCAAGGGAGCUGUUCUAUGAAGAUAGGCACUACCAUGAGCACUGUUUCCGCUGUUUCCGUUGUGAUCGCUCACUGGCUGAUGAGCCAUUCACCAGCCAGGAGGACUCUCUGCUUUGCAACGACUGUUACUGCAACGAAUUCUCUUCCAAAUGUGUUGCCUGUGACAAGACGGUCAUGCCUGGCACUAGGAAGUUGGAGUAUGCUGGAAACACAUGGCACGAGGAUUGUUUCAUUUGCAGCAGCUGUAAGCAGCCUAUUGGCUCCAAGUCCUUUAUCCCAGAUAAGGACGAUCACUACUGUGUCCCUUGCUAUGAAAACAAGUUUGCCCCUCGCUGCACUCGAUGCAAACAGGUCUUGGCCAAAGGUGGUGUGACCUACCGUGAUGAGCCAUGGCAUAAGGAGUGCUUUUUGUGUGCAGGCUGUAAAGUGCAGCUAGCUGGACAGCACUUCACCUCCCGAGACGACCACCCCUACUGCCUUAAGUGUUUUGGAAACCUCUAUGCCAAGAAGUGUGAGGCUUGUUGCAAACCAAUCACAGGUUUUGGCGGAGGGAAAUACAUUUCAUUUGAGGAGCGGCAAUGGCACCAGUCUUGCUUCACCUGCACCCGGUGUUCUGUGUCACUUGUAGGAGCUGGUUUCUUUCCUGAGAGGGAUGAGAUCCUGUGCCGCGAAUGCAACAGCAAUAUAUAGAGCAUGUAUUUACACUUACACUUACACUUACUCUCUCCAUUCUGCAACACACAGACACAGAGACAGAUAUAUGCAUGCAUGCCUCCAUGCUUACAGACACGGCGUCCAUUGAGUUUCCCCCAGUGGUGAUCAGCAAAAGCUGUGGUGAUUAUUGUAUCCCCAAUUAAUUCAGACAUGGUGGUUUUCUUAAGAACACACAAAACAUUUUGGCAAAUGGUGCAACCUGUUUGUCUUAUUAGGUAAAGAUAAGUUUAUAUGUCUAAGAAUUUCCUUGCUUGCAAAAGAUUUACUAUGCAAGAUCCUGCGUGAGAGAAACCAGUCUAUUCCGAAUUGUGCCUUACUAAUUAGCAUUCAUCAGCCUAUGGUGCUUUUACUUUAUAUAAUUUUAUGCCGCCUUUAUGUAGGUCUUUUUUAACAUCAAAGCAGAGAACACAUGCUCAGCUCAGAGUGCUGCAUGUCUCACUCUGUUUUCAUCAAACUGCAGAUUUCACAGCUACACUGCUCACUUUGUUGGGAUGGAAAGCAGUCCAUCUGUUUUUUUUUUCCAUUCAGCAACAGUAGUGCUUAAGCAUUGCUUUAGAUAAACCACUAGAGCUGUCUCAUGCUAGGACUACAACCAGGAGAUGUAGUAAUUAUUACAGAGGCUUCAUCAUUUUUGUCCGGUUCAGUCAAACUACUCUCUGGCUGUUAAGAGACAGUUAAGAGUUAUGAAUAAAUAGAAUAUAUGAUUACAACCUAUAAAACACCUCAGGCAGAUUCCUCUAUAAACGUCAAAGAACUCUGUUGUCUGCUAGAUAUGUUCAUUCCCACCAAAAAAAAAAAAAAGACUUUUACUUAAGACUUUAAGUAUUGGACUAAAUACUUGGCCAUGAGAACACACAUUUGGCAUUAUAUGUGAAAGUUUGAUCCAAAUCUGUUCAAGUUGAAAAAAAUGUUAGUAUUGACUAUUUGAGGUUUGUAGUAUUUAAGCACUUUUGAUGUGUCUCUGCAUCUGUUUUGUUUCUGAGCAUGUUGUAUGUCAAAAAGCAUUGUUGUUUUUUUUUUCAAAAUAAAAUGUUUUUCACACCAAAAAGUGACUUGUAAAAAAAAAAAGUGGGAAAUGAAGUGUGAUGUGUUUUACAGAAAACAUUCAUGCAUUUGCACUAUGGCUUGAAUUAAGCAUAAUUUGUGCACAGAUAGUAAUAAUAAAUAAAAAAUGACACCGCAUACAUACAUUGCAUAUAAACUGAAUACGAACUGCUUUCUUUCUGUAUAAUCUGUGGUCUACGAUACACAUGCGCAAUACUUUUCUGUUUUUCUUUAGUCUUUUAUAUGCUAUGAUUUUUUUUUUUCCUUUUUGAUUAUUUCUUUUAGGUUCACAAUUGAGAGAGUGAAUGACUGGGCAAGUCCCAGGAAAAAUGUAUGUUGCAAUAUGACUAUGUCAGCAGAAUGGUAUGCAUGCUGUUCUCAUUAAUGUUUUUUCUUUUUGUUUGUUUUGUUCCUGAUCUUAAUUGUUUAUGGCUUUUGUUAGUGAAGGUAAUAUUACCAAAUUUCACCAUAAAAUUUUUCUAAAUGUAUGUAUUCACUUUGAGCUUUGAUGCUGGCUAGUCAGAGUUAGCUAAUGCUUUUUUAUUUUGUUGUUUAAAUAAAUGUGUAAUAGGCAUUUAGAUUGGGGAGAAAGAUUUAAAGAACGAUUCAGUCUGAUCUAAACGUUAUUUGUUAAUAAAUAUUUUAUAAAUUUA